AUGACCCGACUCCCUCCUCGAGGCCCGUUCAAGCUAAAGCUACGCCACGCGAUCAACGCACACAAGGCGGCGAGCACUCCAACAGUGCUGUUGCUCAUGGCUGCACGAGGCGCCUGGGGCGCUCCCGCUUGGGUCUACCUCGGCAUGCACGGCGGAUAUGGCGUCGCGUGGCUCAUCAAAGAAGCCACUUUCCCAGAUUCCACGUGGGGGGCAGACGCUACUUUGGGCGGCUGCAUCUACCUCUUUUUCUCCAUGAGCUUGUUUUGGAUCGCUCCCUUUUGCGUCAUCGAUGCUGAGGCCAGAGGAAUGAGCACGCCCCCCCCCACGGUAGCAGCAGCGCUCUAUCUCUUUUCAAUCGGAAUGCUGUUCCUCCACGCUGCAGACUCGCAAAAGACAUUUAUCCUCAAGCACAGUGAGCGGCGCGGGCUGAUUAGAGACGGCCUCUUUAGCCGCACCAGGAACCCCAACUACUUUGGUGAGGUGCUAAUCUACUCGAGCUUCUCGAUGAUGGCCUCCACGAGUCGGCUUUGGUUCUUGCCUUGGUGCGUCAACAGUUUUGUGUGGUUCGCGCUCUUCCUUCCUUCCUGGCUCGUGAAAGAUCGGAGCCUGAGCAGACACCCCGGCUUCAGGGCCUACCAGCGCCGGACGGGCGUGCUGAUACCGUGGGUCUUUGGCACCGGCUGGUGGCCCGAGCUGAGUUGCGAUACAAGUGGCACUGGUGGUGUGUCGGCGUGGGCGUGUUGA